GAAAAAAGAAAAUAGUAAAGCGAAGAAGAAAAACUUCGGUUUGUUACAGCAACGUUGAGGUUUUUUUCUGCUGUUGUUUGAACUCCAGCCUCCCCCCUAUCCUCCUCGAUUGAACACCAUUAAGCACAGAUCCCCACGUACGCAUACAAAGCAUGACAUCGUUGCAUCAUCCUAUUGAGUACGCCUUCGAGAGCGGCGUCAGCUUUUCCCCGAAUGAGCGCGUACAGCUUUCGAGCUCCAUCCCAAUCCUGAGCACGCAAACGAAGCGCAAGCGCCUCGUGCUGUGGGGCAAGAUCUCUGGCUACAAGGCGGACUACAUCAUCGUGGAGGCCUACGACGACGACGCCGUGGCGGAGCCAGAGAUUUACUACACCCUAGACGAGGGCCGCAGCUUCAACCUGCUGGGAACCUUUUCUUCCGUCUUCGCUGCCUGCCCCGGCUACGUCAAUGGCAGCGGUAUCGAGCAGGCGGAGUGGAAGCAGUCGGUGCUGCUGGGCAUGCGCGGCCCUUUCAUGGGCGACCCUGCGUACGAGUAUCGCGUGGCGGUCGACCCGAGCCAUCCAGCGACGACGCAGAGCGUGAAGGAGUCGGUGCGCCUUGCGCUUUUCAUGGAGGAGUUUGACCACGAGUGUCGCGUCGUGCCACGCGGUGCCUACGUGAAGGCGGAGCGCCAGCCGACGGCCACGGUGGCCGCCUCCACCGGCAACGGAGGCGCAACGGUAGAGCGGGCGCAGAUUCGGUGCAACACCGCGUUUAACGGGCUCGCCCGCACCGCCGAUGGCGCACUGACGCUGCGCAACUACUACCACCUGCGCGCGCAGGAUCCGUACCGCCGUCUCCUAGCGCGCAACCAAAACGCGCUCUUCACGAAGUCGGCCCUGGAGCAGCUCAGCGAGCACCCCCUCGUCGAUGCGGUGUUUGAGCCGCUGACGGAGGACAUCCCUUCGGGGACGUGGGAGCUGCGCUACGACGCCUUUCAUGACGUGAUGAUCGGGAAGAACAUCCGCUUUGCCGGCUCGCUCUUCUAUCACGUACCGGAGACGUCGGUGUACGGGUCGUUGUACAUGGGUGACGGCAACAUCAACGUGAACACCGCGUUUGAACUGUAA